GAACAGAACCAGAACAGAACCAGACCAGCAGACAGCAAGAAGACAUGCAGUGCGUUCGGUGUCCCGCCAUCUUGGUUCUCGUGGCGUUGGUUCUGGGUGUUUCCUCGCAGCCCGACAGAGACCAGGACGAGUACCAGAACCAGGACCUGGAGCUGGAGCUGCGUCACCACCGUUUGCUGCAACGAGCUCGCAAUGCUGGCCUCCUGUCGCAGGAGUGGAGUAAACGUGCUGUGGAGGACCUGCUGGCUCAGAUGUCUCUUCCAGAGGCCGAUGCCCAGCGGGAGGCUGAGGUGGUUUCCAUGGAAACAGGAGGAAAGAUGAACCUGGAGCGGUCUGUCGACCCCCCCAACAACCUGCCCCCCCGAGAACGCAAAGCCGGCUGCAAGAACUUCUAUUGGAAGGGCUUCACUUCCUGUUAGAGCCCCGCCCAGCUGAGGCCACGCCUACACUAGACCAACCGACCAAUCCCAGAGCACCUGACCUUCACCUGAGUAACUCGAUGGACCAAUCAGCAGCUGUCUGGCUGCGUGUACCUGAAUAAUUCAUGUAAUUAUCAAUUAA